AGAGCAAGGCGCUCGUUCCUUCCUUCCUUCCUUCCUUCCUUCCUUCCUUCCUUCCUUCCACGUGCUUGUGAGCGGCGCGGUCUCCAUGACGACCAGACCGCAAAAGUGCCCGGAUCAGCUUUGCUCGGCCGAGAAGCAAGUGAGCGAGACGCAACCCAAGCGCACGUCUCGUCUUGUUUAGUUGUCGGCUGCUUUUAUUUGCAAGCUCUUUAAGUUGCCAAUCAAAAUGUCGACCCGCGAGGACGACAUAGAGAAGAAAGAGCAGAAGAAGAGGAAGGAGAAGGAAAAGGAGCAGGAGAUCGUCAAGGAGGAGCGCGAGCCGGACGCGGCGGAGCACAGCGAUGGUGUGUUGCUGCGCGGGAUCUUCAAAGUAGGCAAGAAGAGCCACGACGUUCUCCUGACUGGCACCCGACUCACCUGGACCCCCGUUCUGCCCGAGAGCCCCGCAGGUGAGGCGUGCCGGGCGCCGCCCGCCGCGCUGAUGCUGCGUGACGUCCUGGCGGUGAAGGUGAAGCGGCGGCGGUCGGCCGGGCGGCGUUCCGGGGGCCCCGUGCUGGGCCUGGCUUUGUUCUUCUGCAAGCGACGGGGCCGCCGGCUGGAGGAGGACGCGCUGCACCUCCACAACGCGUCCUCGGAGCACGCGCGCAUCUGGUACGACGCCUUGAGGGAGCUUCUCGCAGGUGUGUGCGGGCGGCCCAGGCGCUUGAAGGUGUUCAUCAACCCCAGCAGCCACAAGAAGGAGGCCGUUCACGUCUACAGGGAGCACGUGGCGCCCCUCUUCAAGAUGGCCGACGUCUGCACUGACAUCACCGUGACAGAGAAGAGGGGACACGCCCUGUCAGUGAUGAAGGAGCUCAAUGUGGAUGACUUUGAUGGGCUGGUGUGCGUGGGCGGCGACGGCUUUGUGGCGGAGCUCUGCCACGCCGUGGUUCUGCGAGCCCAACUGGACGCCGACUAUCCCUGUGUUCCAGUCAGGGCGGCGCUUCCUCUGGGGAUCAUCCCGGCGGGCUCUACGGACGUGGUUUCCUGUUCUGUUCACGGAGUGAGAGAUCCAGUCACGGCUGCCAUGCACAUCAUCCUCGGCCACGUGCAGCGGGCGGACAUGUGCAGCUUGCGCUCGGCGGGUCAGCCGCCGCGCUUCGGCUUCGCCGCCAUGUUCGGCUUCGGGGCGCGCAGCCUGGCUCGGGCCGAAAAGAAGCGCUGGAUGGCGCCGGCGCGCCGCCGCCACUACGCGCUGCUCAAGACCCUGGCCCGCUUGAGAGCGGAGGACUGUCAGCUGUCUUUUCUCACGAGCCGCGCAAACAACCAGGACCCCAAUGAUCAUGAUGAUGAUCCAGACGGCGACUCAGAGGGGGCGGAGUCUUGGAGCAGCGCCGAGGGCCCGUUCCUGAGCAUCGGCGUGAUGGCCAUCCCCUGCCUGAGUCCUCACGCGCCCCGAGGGCUGGCCCCCAACACCAAACUGGCAAACGGCCGCGCGGCUUUGAUCGCGGUGAGAGCCACGUCCAGGUCGGAGUUUGUCAAACACCUCAAGAGCUACGGCGCCCCCGGUGGCCAGUUGGACUUCUCCUUCGUGGAGACGCACGCCGUGACAGCGGUGAGGCUCCGCCCCCGUGGGUCGACCGCUUGCACGGAGGACGAAAGCGAGGACGGCGCCAGGGUCAGGUCCACGGCCAGGGUCAGGUCCACGGCCAGGGCCAGCGCCAGAGCCACGUCCGUCGUCCAGUCGGACGCCGGCCUCAGCUUCCCUUGGAACAUUGACGGAGAGCUGCUGGAGUUCCCCAACGAAGUGCUCAUCAGGGUCCACGGGCGACUCAUCGGCUUGUACGGCGAGGACGUGGAUGAGGCCGAGUCAGCGGCGCCCUGCGGCUGCAUCUGACCCAAGACCUAUCGUUUGGCCCCGUUUCCACGGCAACACAACACUCCCAAGUACUUCCCUGUGUCAACUCCUUUUUGUCAAAAAGCAAAACGCCUUUUUGUAUCUUACUAGCGCUUUCCAUGAAACUCCCUGAA